AUGUCCCAGCCGCUCAAGGACCAGGUCGUAGACAAGCUCGAGGACAAGCUCGAGGACCUCUCCGACAAGGAUGCUGAUUCCACCGACUCUGCCGCGCGAUAUAUGGCCUAUGGCGCGCGCCUGAGGACGGCCCUACGCGCGGGCCACCGAUACAUCGCAUAUACCAGUGACGUUGGCGAAGCCUUCCGUCCCGUCGUCCACCCUGCUGUUGUAACCGCAGCCUAUGGCAUCUCGUGGAUAUACCUCGCCAGUGAUGUUGGCUACGAAACCUACAAAGCGCACCGGCGCGGGCCCACCGCGCUCGAAGCCGCACAUUUCUCGGAGCCAGCACGUCUGGGCUUCAUCGCGGCCAAACGUUCCGUGUUCCAAUCCAUCGCGUCGAUGGCGCUACCCGCUUUCACGAUCCACACGGCCGUCAAGCAGGCGAAGAAGGCGUUCGCCAACGUGCAAAACCCGCGCGUCCGAACGUGGGGGCCCACCGCGACCGGACUCGCUAUCGUCCCAGUGCUUCCGUACCUGUUUGACAAGCCUGUCGAGCAUGCCACUGACAUCGCGUUCGACUGGAUAGAGAAACAGCUCGCACGUUCCAGCCAAGGACCGGGCAAGCCGGAACUCUAA